CGUAGACCCGGGACUCCGGGAGGCAAUGCUGGCUCGGGGACAGUGAAGAAACCCUAAAAUGGAGGACUUUUCCACCAGGACCUACGGCACAAGUGGCCUGGACAACAGACCUCUGUUCGGAGAGACGUCUGCCAAGGAUCGAAUCAUCAAUUUAGUUGUUGGCAGCUUAACAUCUUUACUGAUCCUAGUAACGCUGAUUAGUGCUUUUGUUUUCCCUCAACUACCUCCAAAACCGUUGAAUAUAUUUUUUGCUGUCUGCAUCUCUUUGAGCAGUAUCACUGCCUGCAUACUGAUCUACUGGUAUCGACAAGGAGAUUUAGAACCGAAAUUUAGAAACCUUAUUUACUAUAUCUUAUUUUCUAUCAUCAUGUUAUGUAUAUGUGCGAAUCUGUACUUCCAUGAUGUGGGAAAGUGAGGCUGCCAAGAGAUACACUCACCAGGUCUCUUCAAAGCAAUACAUUUGGACUCGAAUAAGAGCUGGAUAAGGUAUGCUGAAGAGUCUCCUGCAAAACUCUGAUACAUGAUUUUCAUGUUAAUUGUAAAUCUAAAUUCCCUCUUGCAGGGGAGACAUAUCCUAUAUCACUUUGCUUUUUCUUUAAGGAGCCGAUGUUGCACUUAAACAUUACCCCUUAAAGGACAAGUCAUUUUCACUUUUGAAAUUUUUUAUAUAAAGUAAUUGCAUGGCGCAAGGCUAUGUAACAAACAAUCUUGCAUUUUAAGACAAAUAUUCUUUUAUUUCUGUUAAACUGAAUAUACAAUUAUUGUUCCCUAGGCAACCAACUUUUGCUUAUAACUACAAUUUCACGUUAACAAAACACAGACGGUGAAAAGACAACUUUGAUUGUGUAGAUCUAAUUACAAUAAUAAAUAAAAUAAUUUAUACAAGUUUUUUUUCCUUUUUUUUUUUUUUUAACUUUUUCUAUAGGGGUCAUAUUCAUUAAAGCCCUAGAGGCUAAUUUUGGCUUAACCUUCUCUAGUAUAGGAAUGACUCUUGGUUUGUUUCCUUUCAUUAAAGAAGCAAAUUUUGUGUUUUUAAAUUGCCUGAGAGGGAGAAGUUAUAUCAAACCCCCACCAGUUAAUGCACUAAGUGAACGGCAAACUCUGAUACUCUGCUAUUUCCUGGGUAAUUUA